AUGGAGUGGCUUCCAGAUUCUGAUCCUUUUAUAGCCCCUAACCGUCUCCACCAGUUUGACUACGAAUUUGAAGUCCGCACUAAGGGGCAGCAUUGCAAAGUUAUCCAGAACUGGGGAUCGGAUGCAACUCAGAAGUCUCAAGUAAUUGACUUACCAGACCAUGAAAGUUGGGAGAAUUGGAUACGGACUUUGCCUUUCAUUCGGGAUGGCUUCUCCGUUGACCGAUUACCUGAGAAUGGGUUUAUAAUCAUCUGCGUUCCCCGUGCGGAAGAUGUUCAACUCACGAAUUGUGCUGUGCCUGCGGCAUACACAGACAUCCCCAUAGACAAGGACUGUUCGGAGAGUUUUGAGAAGAUACUCAGGGCCUUUCACUUACCUGGCCACUUCCCAAUGCUCGCGGUAAGACGGCAAACCUCAAUGACCUCGGUAGCUCGCACACACAAGUUUCCCGAAGGCCCAGAGGGAAUUUGGAUGCACACUGCAUCCGUAAACUCGGAUUCCAACGAACACUCAUUUGCCAUGGAGGCAACUUAUUUCGAGAAGAAGAAAUUGACACUGGCUAUCAUGUUCUGCUGUUCAGACGAUCAGGUUAGACAUGUUCGCGCGCUCGUAGACCUUAAUCACGACGCCAUAGGAUACCCAUUUCUCAUGUUGAGCAUCUAUAUCGAGUUGCAGCACGAACGUCUUGCCCAAAUGAUCCGUACAAGGCAUACUCAAUUCGACAAUCUCAUGGGAGAACGAGCGUUCCAGGAAGCGAAGGAAAUGAAGGAUCGUUUCAGUUGGGAAACUAUCCAUAAGGUUAGGUCGACCCGAGAAGCCAUCCGGAAGGUCGAGGUAGAAGUUGAAGCCACGAAACUCCAUGCGCAUAAAGUUCUCUUGGAUUUACAAAUGCUUGAGAAUUCUAAAGACGAGCGUUUGACGAGAGUGACAAAGACGAUCACGGAGCGGUUUAACGAUAUAAUUAUGACGCUCAAUGGCCAAAGCUCUAAGUGCCGAAUACUUGUUGAGGAUAUCUCAUUCGCUACCGACAUAAUGAGGAGUGAGUUAUCAAGGCAAGAAGCCCAGACCAGUGCCGAAAAUGCAAGAUUUGCCACCGGUAUCGCUUUCAUCGCUAUGAUCUAUCUUCCCCUAUCAACUACAGCGACCAUAUUCUCUAUGCCCAUUUUUCAGUGGUCUAAUGACUGGAGAGAUUCACUAUAUCGCCCAGUGGAUAGUGGAGACACGUCAAAUACAGGAGGCUCUGGCGGUACGCCGGGGUCACCGGUAGUAUCGGGUUAUAUCUGGCUCUACAUUUCGAUCACCAUUUGCCUAACCGUCGUCACUUACGCUGCGCUCAAGGUAUACAUGAAAAUAUGGUUCAGCGGGCAGCGCACAUCUAUACUUCCCCAAAACUCGCACAAACAGCAAUUAUCGGACUACAAAUCCUCUUCCUAG